AUGAUGGAAGUCGAAUCAGAAACUCAAGAGCUCUGUCUUCACGUCAAUGGCGAACAUGCAGGGAAAUUUUCAACAGAACAAAGAAGUCAAAACUACUCAUGGAUGUUAAAAGUGUCUCUCUACGUAAUUCUCCUCUUAGCUGGAGAGACAAUAGCUACUCUCUUAGGAAGACUUUACUACGAAAAAGGUGGUAAAAGCACAUGGCUCGAGACCUUGGUUCAGCUUGUUGGGUUUCCUUUAACCCUUCCUUGUUAUUAUUACAUAAAGCCUGAGCCUUCCAAGACUAAAGACAUAACCAGAAAAACUAUUUCUUCCUUCUUGAAACAGUCUUUAGUGUAUAUUGGACUUGGCUUGCUUGUUGCUGGACAAAGUGCUUUAUAUUCUUUUGGAUUACUCUACCUACCUGUCUCAACUUUCUCUUUGAUCUCUGCUUCACAAUUGGCUUUUAAUGCAAUCUUCUCCUACUUCUUAAACUCACAAAAGAUCACAUUUCCAAUACUCAAUUCAAUUGUUCUCUUGACCAUAUCUUCAACACUUCUUGUCAUCCAACCUGACCCUGAGCUUUCUUCUUCCAAGUCCAUUGCCAAAUCCAAUUAUGUGAUUGGAUACAUCUGCGCAAUUGGUAGCUCAGCUGGGUAUUCUCUGGUGCUUUCUUUACAAGAUUACGCGUUUGAAAAUAUUCUAAAGAAACACACUUUCAAGGCGAUUUUAGAUAUGGACACAUACCCGUCUCUGGCAGCUACUUGUGUAGUUGUAGUUGGACUUUUUGGAAGUGGUGGGUGGAAAAUAUUGAAGACAGAAAUGGAAGAGUUUCAACUUGGGAAAAUCUCUUAUAUUCUGAUAAAUCUCGGUGCAACGAUAUCAUGGCAAGCUUUUUCGAUUGGUAGUUUGGGUUUGAUUCUUGAAGUUUCAUCGCUUUUCUCAAAUGUUAUAGGCACUCUUGGUUUACCUGUUGUUCCUUGUCUUGCUGUUGUGUUCUUCCGCGAUGAGAUGAGUGGAAUCAAGUUGGUUGCAAUGUUGUUGGCCAUAUGGGGAUUUGUUUCUUAUGCUUACCAGCAUUAUGUCGAUGAACCAAAAACAAAAGAAGUAAAUCAGGAGAAAGAAGAAGAAGAGCAAGAGCUUUUUCAACCUGAAAAAGAAGAAGCACAAAAAUAUAACAUUUCAUAA